GUUGCUUUGCUGCCAGUCUGCCAGUGAGAUGUUUAGCGUCAACUUCUAGAGACUUCCAUACCUUCAGUAAUACUACCACUUUGUUGAAGUCCGCCAGCCUUCGGGCUGUGUACCGUCGAAAUGGCUCCAUCAGUAAAUCUGACUACGAAGCUGAAGGUCCAGCUGAAGCUAUCCAUUGCACGGCUGCGCAUGGUGCAGCAACGCGAUGAAGCUAUGGGGAAGACCCAGAGAAGGUCAAUGGCCCAAUUACUAGAGGUUGGUAAGAUCGAUUCGGCCAAGAUAAGAGUCGAGAAUAUUAUUCGAUCCGAUAUCACCACAGAACUCCACGAGAUCCUUGAGCUUUAUUGCGAGUUGCUACUGGCGCGGGCUGGCCUCUUAGAGGGUAGCAUAUGUGAUCCUGGACUGGAAGAGGCAGUGAAAAGUAUCAUAUACGCUGCCCCCAAAACCGAGAUCAAAGAAUUACAGCAGGUACGCGCACUUUUAGGGGAGAAGUAUGGUAAGGAGUUCGUGUUGUCAGCUAUGGAAAAUUCAGAUCAGAAGGUCUCAGAAAAGGUCGUCAAGAAACUCAGCGUCACUCCGCCCCGAGAUGAGCUUGUCCAGGGUUAUCUAGAAGAGAUUGCAAGGGCGUAUGGAGUCAACUGGCCGAGGCGAGCUAAGGAUUUGGGGGAACCGCCGGAAUUCGUGGACGACGACACGAGAGAUAGCCCAAGCGGUGGCCAAGCACAGAAGGCCACGGGGGCAGCUCUUCCUGCCGAAAGCAAGGCCGCGCUGGAAAGGGAAGCGCUGAGCCGCGCAACACCUCCUCGAUCCCUAGGUCUGGAUACCCCCGUACAUGUUAAUCCACCAAGUCCAUCCACCGAUAACCCUCGCCCUAGAGUCACGCUGAACUCGGUGGAACUGAAGCCCAGUCAGAAGAUGAUUGAUGCUGGGAUAUCAAAGAACAGCGAUAGUAAGAAGGAUGGGACGAGUGUUGAUGAACUAACAGCUCGCUUUGCUGCUCUAAAGCGUUAAUAUUCCUAAAUACCUGGCACUGGAUCUUUUGAAAUCCCGGGAAGAUAUCUUGCUCUCUGUUCGAGCCGUCCUGUUCCUCGGUUUUAUCUUAUGGUUCAUCCCUGAUCAAAUAACAUAGUUAUCUUAUAGCGAACCUGCUAACAACAUCACUACGUGUGCUCAAAUACAUCAAUACUAGUUCCAAGGUGUUGUUGUUCUAGGUGCUCGAUCCAUUCUACACCACAGUUGCUAUAUAUGAGUUAAUAGUCGAGUUAAAGCAUUUAGGUAGCCAAGAUCCAUACCCCAGAGUAAGAUAUCUAGGUGUUUGGGCGAGUGUUUUAUACACGGCGUAGGGGAUAUAGUACAUACCUAGGUACGUAUACAUGUAGGGAUCGGCGCAGACGUGAGUAAAAGCACAAAGAUAGAUACAUGUACAUAAGGAAGUAUUCAAUUGCACACCUACAUGCAGGCAGUUACCC